AGACUAUCUUUAAAAGUUAAUCCGAACAUACUCUAAAUCGAACGUUCCCCCAUCAAACUAUCUAGGGUUUUGGUAUAUAAAAGCGCCGACAACGUCCUGUACUAGAUCAGACCGCAUAUUUUCACGGUGAACCUCAGAGCUCCGGUUCCGAUUCAUUGAAAACUUCCUUGAAAAGCACCGACAAACGUCUUCUUCUCGAUGGAGGAACAAAAUGGGACUGUAAAUGGUGUUAAAAUCAAGCUGGAGGAAGAAGAAACUAAUGACGACCUAAGAACUACUCCCGACCAUCAAAACGACGCCGGCGCUUCUCAGCCUCUUACCGGAGAUGGUGCUAGUCCUGGAAAGAUUUUUAUUGGGGGCUUGGCUAGAGAGACAACUUCAGCUCAAUUUGUCAAGCACUUCGGUAAAUAUGGUGAAAUUAUUGAUUCCGUGAUUAUGAAGGAAAGGCGGACAGGACAGCCACGUGGGUUUGGUUUUGUGACUUAUGCUGACCCAUCCGUGGUAGAUAAAGUCAUUGAGGACGACCAUGUUAUAAAUGGAAAGCAAGUGGAAAUCAAGCGAACUAUACCUAGAGGAGGAGGUUCCAGCUCAAAAGAUUUCAAGACAAAGAAGAUUUUUGUGGGCGGCAUCCCAACAACAAUUAGUGAAGAUGAGUUCAGGGACUUCUUUUUAAAGUUUGGAGAGGUGAAAGAGCACCAGAUCAUGCGUGACCAUUCUACUAGUCGUUCUCGUGGCUUUGGAUUCAUCACUUUUGACACAGAAAAAUCUGUCGAGGAUAUCUUGGCUAAUGGAAACAAGCUUGAUUUUUCUGGAACCCAGGUGGAAAUCAAGAAGGCUGAGCCCAAGAGACCUAAUGCGCCACAACCAGCCCCAUUCAGGCGUCAAGGGAAUCCAAGAGCUGCAUUUGGUGGUGGAUUUUCAGAUGCUUAUGGUGGAUAUGGAGACUCUGGUUAUGGUGUUGUUGCUGGUCCUGGUCCUGGUCCUGGUCCUUACAGGUCUGGUGGCCCCUAUGGUGGCAGAUCCAGUGCAUUUGGUGGAUAUAGUGGAGGAGGAAUGGGUGGAUAUGGAGCAUAUGGUGGCGGUGGUGCCUACGGAGGAGGUUUCAGGGAGGAGGCUUCUUUUGGGUAUUCUAGCCGUUAUGGCAGUGGAGCCUUUGGUAGAGGCUACGAUGUUGGUGGUGGAUAUGGAGGAGCAGGUGAAGGUUAUGGAGGAUAUGGUGCUGGUGGCGGUGGAUAUGGUAGUGGAUAUGGUGCCGCUGGUCUUGGCAGUGGGUAUGGAGGAGAUAGUGCCGGAGGUUCAAUGUAUGGAAGCAGUAGAGGAAGCUAUGGUGGUGCUGGUGCUGGUGCUGGUUCAGGCAGAUACCACCCUUAUGGAAGAUAGAAAGUGAAUUGUUGAAGGUGCAAAGCUGAAUUGUUUCUGGCUUGGUGAUUUUAAGCUUAUGACCAGAGAUGUAUACUCAUCAAGCACUUGUUGAGAGCUAAAUCUUGUUUUUUUUUUCUCUUGUCGAAUUUUAAUUGAAAAAAUAUUAGUUCAGUUAAUAUACUGGUGUCUUUGAUAUCGAUUGGUUUAUCAAGGAACACGACUCAUCCAUCUGCAAUCCUCAAGCAACAUUGUCAAAUUGAUGUUCAAUUCUUAUAUGUGCUAGAGGUUUGUAUCUCCUUUUUCUUUUAAUUAGUUUGGACUAAACCAGUAAAUUUAUGGAUUCUAGAGACUGUCUAAAUGAGCAAAUGAUGAUUUUAUA